AUGGCCUCUACAACACGAAAGAAACGGCCCUGCUCAAAAUGCGACAAAGCAGCGGGCAUAUUUACUUGCUUCGGAUGUCAAAAAGAUUUUUGUUAUCGUCAUGUAGCUGAACAUCGACAAGAACUUAAUAAACAAAUGGAUGAACUCACUACUAAUCAUGAUCAAUUACAACAAACAAUUGUCGAACAAGAAGCACAACCAAAUUGUCAUCCUCUUAUACAAAAGAUCAAUGAAUGGGAACAAGAAUCAAUCAAUAAAAUGCAUUGA